GGCUCUUAAUCACCUGUGGCUGUGUUCGGAUUCCGUUCUGACGUGAAAAAGUGGUCAUUAUGAAACCCCCCACGAACCGCUACCGUCCAAAUCCUAAGUUCCUAACGCAGAUGGCGGCCGUCUGAAGAAAAGAACAGAAGUUUGCCUGACUUCCUCAAAUCUGUCCCAGAAAAUUCCUCUCGCGGCGUUUGUUGGGUUACUUACCAUACAUACCUGAUACCUCAAUUAGUCAAGUGGUUGACGUUUGCCCGACAUCCUCCUCAAACAUGUGUCCCAGAAAAUUACUCUCACGGCGUUGGUGUUGGUGACGGUGACAUGGUGUUGGUGUUUGUUGGGUUACUUACCAUACCUCAGUCAGUCAAGUGGUUAAACGUUGACUAAACUGAUCUUAAUAAUGUGUUUAACCACCCUUAACAUCUACACCUAAACCGCCUCCGCGUCUUCUUAAGAAUCUUCGCUCUUUUUCGACCCACCCCUCGACUCGACCUACAUCUUCUUUGUCCCUAAACUAACACUAGUAGAUUUCUACUACAUUUUACCGUUCUUUUCCUGGAGAUGGCAGGAGCAGGAGAAGAAGGGGGUCCGCCACAGCAAUCAGAUGUCCGAAUCAGCGUAAACUCGCGGCGGGUGAGCAACACCGUCCACCCACUCGAUGGGCAAACGCCACCCCUCUCCUCCUCCACCCCCACCUCCUUGCCUGCCCCACCACCCCCUGGAUACAGAGAAAUUAAGCAUUUCAAGAAGUGGUUCUCCUGGUUGAUACCUGGUUUCGUCGUCGCCAAUGUUGUCAUGUUUGUGAUCACCAUGUAUGUUAACAACUGCCCCAAAAAUUCUGUUUCUUGCGUUGCUGGUUUUCUAGGGAGGUUUUCCUUUCAGCCCUUCAAGGAAAAUCCUCUGCUUGGGCCUUCUUCCACCACGUUACAGAAGUUGGGUGCUUUAGAUGUGAGUAAAGUGGUCCAUGAACAUCAGGGUUGGCGGCUUAUUACUUGUAUGUGGCUGCACGGCGGAGUGUUUCAUUUGCUUGCCAACAUGUUGAGUCUUUUAGUGAUCGGCAUUCGAGUUGAGCAAGAAUUUGGCUUUGUGCGUAUUGGAUUGCUGUACGUCAUCUCUGGUCUCGGGGGGAGUUUGUUUUCGGCACUUUUCUUACAGUCAAAUAUAUCUGUUGGUGCUUCUGGUGCUCUGUUUGGAUUACUUGGUGGCAUGCUUUCUGAAUUGAUUACCAAUUGGAGUAUAUAUGCCAAUAAGGUAGUAUCUUUAGUGACCCUUGUGGUCAUAGUUGCUAUUAAUCUAGCUGUUGGACUUCUCCCUCAUGUGGACAACUUUGCUCAUAUUGGAGGAUUUUUAUCUGGUUUUCUUCUGGGGUUUGUGUUUCUGAUACGUCCCCAGUUUUCAUGGGUCAGCCAGAGAUAUGCUCUUCAAACGUAUUCUUCAUCAUCCCCCAAACAUAAAUUUAAGGCAUACCAAUGCAUCCUUUGGGUCCUUUCUCUGAUUCUUCUGAUUGUUGGGUUCACCCUCGGCCUGGUUCUGCUGCUUCGAGGGGUAGAUUUAAAUGACCAUUGUUCCUGGUGUCACUAUAUGAGCUGUGUUCCUACUUCAAGGUGGAGUUGCAACACACAGCCUGUGUCAUGUAUGUCUGAUCAAGUGGGGGGCCAGCUGACCUUGACAUGCUCAAACAAUGGUAAAACGAAGACAUAUUCCUUGCAAAGUCCCAGUCCAUCUCAGAUCCAGGGCCUCUGUAGCCAGCUCUGCAGGUGAUAGAUUGAAGUUCUAUGGAUGAAGUUUAGAAGGUGGAGCUUUGCUGUAUACCUUUACGCUGGUCAUAGUUUCCAAAUCGGUUUGUAUAUGCCAUUUUUCUGUGAAUUAGGGCUCCAUGUGAAGGUUGAAUGGAUACAGGUUUUAUCUAAUACAGGUCAUAGUUUCCAAAUUUGUUUGUAUAUGCCAUUUUUCUGUGAAUUAGAGCUCCAUGUGAAGAUAGAAUGAAUACAGGUUUUAUCUAAUACAGGUAUGUUUUUUCCCCUCCUAUAA